AUGGGCAGAGAAAGCAUCGAGUUCAAGAACUCCGACGGGGUUACACUGCGUGGGUGGUUCUACACGCCUGACAAUGCAGCCGCCGGAAAGUUACCAACCCUUGUACUCGCCCACGGGUUCACGGCCUUGAAAGAAAUGACUUUGGAUUUCUACGCCGAGUCAUUCACCUCGGCCCUCCCCAUCAAUUGUCUUGUGUAUGACCAUCGGGGCUUUGGCGAAAGUGAUCACCUUCCCGGCCAACCGAGGGGCGAACUGGUACCGAAUCUCCAGAUUUCCGACUAUUCGGACGCCAUCACGUAUGCUUCAACCAGACCAGAAGUAGACGCGGAUAGAAUUGGCAUCUGGGGCACUUCUUACAGUGGUGGACAUGUUCUCACGGUCGCUGCCAUCGAUAGGAGAGUCAAGGUCGUCCUGAGCCAAGGGCCCUGCGUCAGUGGGUGGGAUAACUUCCAUCGCUUGGUCCGCCCAGAUCUGGUGCCUAAGCUUGAAGCAGCUUUUGCUGCAGAUCGAAUUGCCAGGCUACAAGGGAAAGAAGCGACGUAUGUCCCGAUCGUUCAUGAAGACUUGUUUGGGGACUGUGCUUUGAAUGGUAAAGAUGUGUAUGACUUUUUCAUGGAGUGGGAGAAGAAGACAACAUGGAAAAACACCAUCACGCUCAGAAGCAUCGAACUGUUUCGCGCAUAUGAGCCACAACAGUUGAUUGAGAAGAUUGCUCCGACACCUCUGCUCAUGACGGUGCCGAUUCGAGACACUCUCACACCACCCGACCUGUCACUUGCUGCAUAUGCGAGGGCACGGGAACCAAAAGAAUUGCAGCUGCUUCCCGGGGGUCAUUUCGAUUCCUACGCCGGUGAGACAAUGAAGAAGAAUGUCGCGACACAAAUCGCGUUCUUGAAGAAGUGGCUGGUUGGAGCAUAG